AUGAAGGUAUCUUCUGGCCGUACCAUCUGUUGCCGAUUUUCGCCGGAGCUUCCCUCGCUUGUGUUGCGAUUUCCCGUCACAAUGUCUUUCUGCGCCAUCGUCGAUCAAUUAUCAUGCUCUGAUACCUUGUUGAUAAUCAGAGCGGAAAAGCCACAGAAGGAGUUGAAAAAGACCUCAAGAUAUUUUCCAUGGAUCAAGUUUCGUGUUUCUGUUACAGUGCCUCCAGAAGAAG